AUGGCGACCCCUCAAAAGCCCAAGUCUAUCUUAAAGAAGGCCUCACACCCCACCACCACUAACACCACCACCAUUACUACCAAUACCUCUCCCAACUCCAACUCCAACCCCACCACCAAAUCCACACGCGACCUCGAAGUAGCCCUCUACCACGCCCGCCUCAUCCAAGAACGCAAAGAAAUCGAGCUCGAAAUCCUCUACUCCACCGAAACACUAAUAGAAUACCCACUCUCGGGCACCCCGCACCCCUCACCAGCCGACGUGAGCGCCUUCAAAGCCGCGCUUCGACCCUUCCAACCCAGCGACUACGAUGCCUUAAUCCUAGAACGCAACCUCGAUCAGCGAUGCGGAUAUACGUUAUGUGCCAAUCCUCGACCGCGCGAUAGCCGCGGGGGACAAUGGAGAUUACUGGGCAUGUCGGGGAAGGCCAAGGAUUUUCGUAUCACCAAGAAGGAGGAUGCCGAGAAGUGGUGUUCGGAUACGUGUGCACGGAAAGCUUUGUAUGUUCGGGUUCAGUUGAGUGAGUGCCCGGCGUGGGAGAGAAGUGGCGGGAGUUCGGCGAUGAAAAUUGAUCUACUGGAUGAACAUAAGACGGAGGAGGAUUCGGUUAUGGAUGGAAUCGGAAAUUUGGACUUGAACAAACAGGAUACUCAAGACAAGGAGAGGCAAUCGGGAAAUCUUGCUUUGGAGAGGGGAGUCACAGGCCAAGGGUCCUCAAAGAGCGUUACGAAUUUCUCUAUAGUUGAGAAGGAAGUCAAUCAGGGUGAUGUCAAGCCACCGACGUUCGACUCUAAUGAUAUUUCUGAUAGGAUGGAUACAUUACAUUUGGAUCUUGAGGGUCAUACAUCGACAUUUAAUCAUGGCAGCAAAUGCGGAGAUUUAUUUGGAGAAGACGAUGAAGAUACCGAGAUGGAUACAGAUUGGAAAAUAUGA